AUGUGCGGAAAGAAGGGAGGAGUCAAGGUCAAGGACGCCCGCUGCCGGGCUUGGAGCAAUGUGGUCAUGGCGUGCCCUCCCUACGGUGGAGCGGGCCGGCUGGAGAAAGCCAAAACCUCAUGCUGGGGCUAUGCUUUAGGUUCCCCCGUCCUCGUGCAGUCAGCGGGCCUUCCCCGGCGUGUGUCUCAGGUCCAGGCCUCAAGCCUCCUCGUCCUCAACGAGGACCAGCUGGAAGCCAUUUUGAUUAAGCUCCACCACAGAAGGACAAUACAGCCCCGCCCAGAGCAGGCGCGCCCCCGCGGCGGGCAGGGUGCGCGUGUCCGCGCCUCUUCCCGCCGGCCUGGCGGGCGCCGGGCCCGGGCCCGGCAGCGCGGGGCGAGGGGGGGCGGGGGUGGUUAUGUAAGCGUUGCGCGCUCCCGCGAGGCGGCAGCCAAUGGGAAGGCCUGGCGGCUCGUGCUCGCGCACGCAGGGUGGGGGGAGGGAGCGCACAACGUGCGCGCGCCCUCUCCCUCCUCCACCGCUGCCGCCUCCUUCUUCUGCCGCUCCUGGUGCUGCUUGUGUGCUCCUUCGGUGCGGACCUGGUACCUCUUUUGUGAAGCGGCAGCUGAGGAGACUCCGGCGCUCGCCAUGGCCGACGAAAAGCCCAAGGAAGGAGUCAAGACUGAGAACAACGAUCAUAUUAAUUUGAAGGUGGCGGGGCAGGAUGGUUCUGUGGUGCAGUUUAAGAUUAAGAGGCAUACACCACUUAGUAAACUAAUGAAAGCCUAUUGUGAACGACAGGGUUUGUCAAUGAGGCAGAUCAGAUUCCGAUUUGACGGGCAGCCAAUCAAUGAAACAGACACACCUGCACAGUUGGAAAUGGAGGAUGAAGAUACAAUUGAUGUGUUCCAGCAGCAGACGGGAGGUGUCUACUGAAAAGGGAACCUGCUCCUUCCCUUCAGAACUCUGUUCCUCCAGACCAAGAAGACAUUCUCAAUUAGAAAACUGCAAUUUGGUUCCACCACAUCCUGACUACUACAGUAUAGUUUCUCUAUUCUUUCAUUUCCCUGUCCCCAUUCCUUUAUUGUACAUAAAGUAACUGAUGUAUGUGCACAACCAUUUGCAUUUUUUUUUUAACUAAAUGGCCAACGGUAUGUUUUGAUUGACAUCACAUGGAGAUGGGAUGGGGAAAAAUACUGGUUCUGUGAAGAUACCCCCUUUCUCCGUUAGUGGCAUGCUCAUCCAGCUCUUCUCUUUAUAUUCCAGUAAGUUAUUUUGCUCUCGCUCUUUAACAAAAAAAGAACAACAUAAAAAUUCUUGCAUACCUUGUUUGAUUGGAGAAUUUUAAUGUUUUUCAUUUAUCAUUGUAAAACCAAGGACAAUUUUAUAACUUUUUUGUACGUAGCUGUUACAUGUAGGGCAAUCUGUCUUUAAGUAGGGAUAAAUUACUCUAAAAAAAUGAAUCCUAGGUAGUUUUCCCUUCAAGUCAAGCGUCUUGUUGUUUAAAUAAACUUCUUGUUUAAAA